AUGAAGCCACCUUCAACUCCCCAGCUGAUCCUGGCCCUGGCACUGGCCCUGGCACCCUACGCCCUCGGAGACGACCUCCACGGCGCAGGACUCCUCGGCGGGGUCCUUCACGGGGGUCACGGGGUCCUCGGGGUCGGGAUCGGAGGUUACCUGGGCGAGGAGAUCCUGCAUGGGGGGGCGGCGCACUAUGUAAAGAAGUCUCCAGCCCACUACGCCUACGACUACGGCAUCGACGACCCCCACCUUGGCACCAACUUCGGCCACGUGGAGUCCCGCGACGGCUACAAGACCGAGGGCGUGUAUUACGUGCACCUCCCCGACGGGCGGCUCCAGACGGUCAAGUACUACGUGGACGAACACGGCUACCACCCCGAGGUCACGUACUCGGGCGUCGCGCACCAUGACACGGGCAAUCUGCAAGUCAUCCUCGGGUCAUCGUGUGCCGAGGUCAUCGCAGUCAUGACCGUCACAGCUGGUGGUCAGAGAUGGACGACGGAGAGCUUGUGA